CUGAGAGUGAUUUCAUGACCUGGGAUUAAGCUUAAAUCAACUUUGUGAUUGAGACCUGCUAUUUUCAUGUUUACACAGCUUGAACAUGAAGAGUUGGGUGGCGUUCGCAGUACUGUGCACCAUUGUGGACUUGUCUGCAGCAUCUGCGCCACCUACUGAGCUCUGAACAUGUGGACACUGUUUCAUGAAGCCUCAUCCCAUCCCAUCCCAUCACUCCAAUAUUCUACUCAACAAGUCCUUGAAAAAAUUCUGCAUUUCGAUUCCAGAAAAGAGGCAACAAGUCAACUCUUGUCCUCAGCCUUGGUCUUUCUACAAUGGACGUUGUUUUCACGUUGAAAGACGACAAAUGAACUGGACCCAAGCACAGGACAACUGUCAGUCCAUGGGUGGAAACCUAACAUCCAUUGAGAGCAUCAUGGAGCAUCAACACAUUCAGAUGUUGAUAAGGAAUGGCACCAAUGACUUACCUGUGUCCUGGGUUGGAGCUACAGUUGGAGAAGAGACAAGUGUUUGGCGUUGGACUGACGGCAGAGAAGUCUCGUACAGCGAUUGGUGCCCUGGGGAGCCGAAUGCCCCGUACCAGCGAUGCCUGCAAAUCAACUACUCAAAUCAGAAAUGCUGGGAUAAUGACUUCUGUAAAUUCCUCAAAGUUUCAGUAUGUCAUGCCCCUGCCACCUAUGUCAGCAGUGCCACCCUCAACCGCUGUGUUCAUCAAUUCAAUGUGUUGUUGGGUUUGUUUGCCAUCUUCCUUUCAGAUAUGUUGUGAUUUGUGCCCGCUAACAUACAAUCGAAUUAGUGUGCACUGCAGGGCUUCUUCACCUUCCUGAUCCCAGGCGGCCACCCUUUACGGGCCCCAUUCAAAUAUUAGAUAUGAAUUGAUGCUGUCACACUUGAUUUAAUUUUGGUUGUAUUUCUAAUCGACUAAGCCUAAACUUUGUCAAAUGACAUGAAACCGCGCUCUCAUCACAAAGAUAAUUGUCAGUUAAACUUUAACCGGCACCAAACUGAGACUCAAGUUGUGUUUAUCGAAUCUACAAAAGAGAGAAAACAAAUGAACUGAUGACAAAACUGGACACGUGAUGAAGAAAAUUAUGGGGAAAUGAAAUAAAUAUGUUUGAAUUAAAUAAACAUAAAGACUCUGUCCUAGUGCUGUAGUACUUGAGACCGGUGUCAAGAGCACUUUUUUAGGGUCUCAGUCUCGUCCCGCACGUGUUUUUACUCGGUCGGAGUCAACAUUUCUAUUCGAGACCGGUCAAGACCGUGAGAGAAAACUGUCAUAAUUGGUAAGAAUAAAUGGUAAAAGGAGCAUUUUUGUUGUGUUUUUCUUUGAUAUCUAUCUGGGGUCUUAAACUGAUGCUCUCCAGUCUCGAUAAUGUCUUGGUCUCGGUUGGGAUGAUCCGGACUACAGAUUCCAGGAGGAGUUUCCCAACCCUCGCGGGCCACAGGUGUAAAUCAGAUUACCAUGUGCGACCCUAUGGUUACUUAAAUAACUUGUUUUCAAAG